UUCCACCGACGAAGACCAAAAACUCGUUUGCGCAACUUUCCCUCCUUUUUAUAAACUACCCUCCAAAACAACGAAGCAGAAGAAGAAGAAGAAGAAGCUAUCAUCUGAUCUGAUCUAGAUGGGGAAUUGUUUGUUCGGAGGGGUGGGAGAUGCCGAAAACGAGGAUGUCGUUAAGGUAAUAACCUCCACCAACGGCGUCAUGGAGUUUUACGCGCCGAUAACCGUGGAAUCCAUCGCCGACGAGUUUCCGGGCCACGGAAUCUUCAGGAGCCACGACCUGUUCUGGAACCCUCUGCCCCACCACGAAGUUCUCCUCGCCGGAAAUUCCUAUUAUCUCCUCCCGCUCGACAAGAGCAGAAGAAGCAGGGCCGGCGCCGGCGCCGGCGAGACGGUGGCGACGUUCGAGAUCGGGCACGUGAGAUCGAACAGCGUGCCGCAGAUUCCGCCGCCUCUGGUGGCAUCGUACAGAAUGUCGUUCGAUAGCCGGGGAAUUUUGCUGAAGAGAUCUUACACCGGCGCCGGCGCGUCGUUUUCACGGCACGGGUUCGGGUACGGGUAUGGGAGCAGUGGGUUUUGGAAGGUGAAGUUAGUGAUUAGCCCGAAACAGUUAGUGGAGAUUCUGUCUCAGGAGACGGCGACGGAGGAGUUGAUCGAGAGCAUAAGGACCGUCGCGAAAUGCGGGAAGGGCGGCGGUGCCGGAGUUUCGUCGGUGGCGUUUUCCGACCAGUGGAGUCUGUCCAGCAGUCGAAAUGCUUCGUCCAAGAAAGACGGGCUUCUGUCGUUAGAAUUGUCGUGAUCAUCAAGUGACUACUUUACGGCCGGAUAUAUAUAGUAUAAUAUACGACAUUGAAGUAUGUUGUUGAUUGGUAAUUGUACGUUGUUGUUGUUGUUAUAAACUUCAUGAAAUCAGUGUAGUAAUCAGAUCAUGAUUCAUGUGUUUUUAGCAUAUAUUCCAAGUUUUGCAGAGUAAAGUUUUAAUGAUUAAUGAUUUCGGAACAUGAAUACUUGUUGAGGUGACGGAUUCUUAUGAGUAUUCUGAAUAAAUAAAGCUGCUCGAUCAGGACAUUUGUCUA